AUGAGCUUAGUCUCGGGCAUGCUGAAUCGCCUUCACGGCCAACCCGAGAGCUACGACAAGAAAGCAAAGUACAGAUUCGGCCGAACGCUCGGGGCCGGCACCUAUGGCGUCGUGCGCGAGGCAGAUGGCCCCACGGGCAAGGUGGCCAUCAAGAUCAUCCUCAAGAAGAACGUCAAGGGCAACGAGAAGAUGGUUUACGACGAGCUCGACAUGCUGCAGAGACUCAAGCACCCACACAUUGUCAAGUUUGUCGAUUGGUUCGAGUCAAGGGAUAAGUUCUACAUCGUCACCCAGCUGGCCACGGGUGGUGAGCUCUUCGACCGUAUCUGCGAUCAGGGCAAGUUCACGGAAAAGGAUGCCUCUCAGACCAUAAAGCAGGUCCUCAACGCCGUCGACUACCUCCACCACAACAACGUGGUCCACCGGGAUCUCAAGCCCGAAAACCUCCUCUACGUAACCCAAGACCCCGACUCGGACCUGGUCCUGGCCGACUUUGGCAUUGCCAAAACGCUCGACAGCGGCGAGGACACACUGCGGACUAUGGCGGGGUCAUUUGGGUAUGCCGCUCCCGAGGUCAUGGAGCAAAAGGGUCACGGCAAGCCGGUGGACAUGUGGUCGCUGGGGGUCAUCACGUACACGCUGCUCUGCGGCUACUCCCCCUACCGGAGCGAGAACCUCAAGGACCUGCUCAGGGAGUGCACUUCGUCCCAGGUGGUGUUUCACGAGCGGUAUUGGAAAGACGUCAGCGAGGAUGCCAAGGAUUUCAUCACUCGACUGAUUGUACCCAAUCCUGACAAACGAUGGACCAGUCAGCAAGCGCUAGGGCACAUCUGGCUCACGGGCCAGAACGCCAACACGGAGCACGACCUGGUACCCGAGCACCUCAAGGCCCGAGACAUUAGGAAGAAGUUCAAGCAUGCCGUGUUGGCCGCGAGCCUUAAGAAGAAGAUUGAGCGGCUCAAGGAGGCUGAAUCGGAUUCCGAAGACGACAUGAAGGACGCGCAGCAGGCGGUGGGCAGGAGCUUUGAGGGCCCGCCGCGGAGCGACUCCAAGCCGACGUCUCUACGGGACGUGGCCCGGGAUGGCUCUCUGUUUCACGCUGUCGUCAUGGCUAAGAUGAAGGACGAGAAGCAGAAACAAGAGGCUUUGGAGGCCGAGCAGGAACUGGAGAAGGAGGGCGGGCAUCGCAGCUCCAACAGCGGGUCUUGA